GGAAUUGAGAGUCGUAAAUGUGGGUGUUAUUGUUUUUGCACGCAGGUGAGCUUCAGUGUCGCUGUGGAUCGGUGAGAACAUGGGGAAACUUCAAGAGUUUGAGAUCACGUUUGACAAAAACAAAGUGGUGUACAGUCCGGGCGAGUCUAUCUUUGGAACCGUGACAGUCAAAGUAGGCCAGGCGCUGCCGUGCAAAGCCAUCAAAGUGAACUGCAAUGGUUUCUGCGGCGUCACUAAUAAAGUAAAUGACACGGCGUGGACGGUGGAGGAACAGUACUUCAACAGCACCGUCUCUGUUGCAGACAAAGGAACCCUGAAACAGGGAGAACACACUUUUCCCUUCAAGUUUCUCAUACCAGCCUCUGCUCCGACAUCUUUUGAAGGCAACUAUGGUAGGAUCAUUUACAGAGUGAGGGCUUUUAUUGACACGCCACGAUUUGCCAAGGACUACAACACAGAGAAAGCUUUCUACCUCCUAAGCCUUCUAAACCUGAAUGAAGUGCCAGACAUAUGGGGAACCUGUUCAUCUGCAGUGACCCAGCAUUUCACCUACAUGCUGGUGAAAACGGGCACAGUGGUCCUGAAGGCCCAGACCGACAUGAGGGGUUACACACCGGGCCAGAUCAUCCAGGUGACAGCCAACAUCCACAACCAGUCUGGGAAGACCACAGGCAACAUGGCGGCCAGCCUGAUGCAGAGAGUUAGCUAUGACACGAAGAGGCCCACCCACGAUGUAAGAACCAUAUCUGAGGUGGAGGGAGGUGUGGUGAAGGCCGGCAAAGAAGUGGAGUGGAAGGAGCAGAUCAUCAUUCCUUCUCUUCCACAGUCCUCCCUUGCUGGCUGUGAUCUUAUAAAGAUUGAAUAUUAUGUUAAAGUCAGUAUAAAGUCUCCAGAUGUCAUGUUGACAUUACCCAUUCACAUUGGGAACAUCUCACUAGACAAAAAACUGCACCCUUCCAAAAAAUUAGCUCCUUCUUCCUCUGCUGCAGCUGAGGAUACACCAACCUCUGCCUCAACCUCUGACACCUCCGCCUCUGCCACCAUUCCCACACCAACACCUCGCCCUGCCCCCAAACCCGCUCCCCGUCCCAUCCCUCGCUCCAGGAUGUCUUCCCAUAAUUCACCCAGCGCUCCUCCAGCUGAGUACUGCCAGGUAGCAGAGGGUGGGACUCAGGUGAACGAUGCCUUCCCCAACAAGCGUCAGUCUCAGCUGGUUUCACCCAACGCUUUCAGCUAUGCUCCCGGACUUUUUUUCCCCCAGAACCAGCAGCACAGUGGGCCUGGCACUGUACCCAGUGGGCCUAUGUUCAGUGGGUCCACAGGGGCCACAGCACCUUACCCCUCUGAGAACAGCACUAGCUCAGUACCAAUACCACUCAUCCUGCCUCCAAACUAUGGCACCUCAGCUUAUCCACAAGAGGCUCCUCCCUCUUACGAUGAGAGCUGCAGCACAUGAAGUGGACAAAUACCUAGGAACAUCCCACUAGGAUGACACUCAAUUCAAUCUGAUAUAAAACAAAAUAUUGAACUUAAACUGCAAUUCAUCGACCAUGUUGAUGAAUUUCCAAAAUAAAAGUCCUGUCAAAUCUAGUGUAACCUAGUAUGAUAAGGUUAUUUUAGGCCUUAACCCCCAGAUUUUAUGUAAAUUUUAAGUUUUUCUAAAUGUACGAGAAUCAGCAUUUUGAAUUGAAAUGACUGUGAAUUGGACUCUACUGCCUAGUGAACAAGUACCUUUACUUACCGAAUGGGGAUUAUUCUCUCCUGCAAAGCCACAGCCAAUCAACACUGUUGUUUUAAAAUCAAUGUUUUUUGUUUGUUUUGUUUAAGCACUUUGAAUGAAAGGAAAGAGAAAAGGAAUAUGCAGAAUUUUAUUUUCUGUUCCUUGUACAGUAACAGGAGUUAAGUUUUUAGUUGUGGGUUAUUUAGCAGAAGAUGGCAUCUGUGAUGUCAAGUUUGAAAGUUUCAUGUAUGAAAACCAUUGCAAAACAAACCGUCUCAUCUCGUAUUUAGUCUAAUAUCCUUCUUAUUUUUUCAAAAGCCAAAUAAGAAAUUAACGUGGGAUUUGUGAAAGGUGAAAUCAUCUAUAUUCAUUGAAUAUUUAAGACUGGGUGAAAGAUGCUGUUUGGAAAGAUCUUUUUAUAUUUGCCUUUGAUCAGGAGUUCUCAAAUUGACAUUGCACAAUCCAGAUAUUGCUGUUGCAAGUUGUCUAUAUAUUACUUUCUAAGGAUAUAGUGCAGGAUCCAAUUUAGCAUUUUCAGAUUUAUGCCAUGUUUGAUCAUUUGUUUCUUUCAUGUACUCGAACUGUGUUGUAAUGACUGUAGACUUCCCUCUAGAAAUUAGAAAUGGUGUAUAUUCUUCUUCCUGUGCUGGAUGUGUCUUGGUUCUGUUCAUGCCAGACAUCCCUUCUGAUUUCUUUUAAUAGUUGAACAAUAAUGCAACAUCACUGUUAUUUGAGGUUUUACUUGGCCAUUCUUGAUGUAGUUCACAUCAACUAUUUAAAUCAUAGUUUUGCAAAUACAUUUUAAUAUUUCUUGAUCAAGUUCAAUCAAUUAAACAUGCAGAAAAACACGUAUUUAUUGCUUUAAGUGUUUUUCAGUUGCUUUCUGGAUUCCAAUAAAUCUGUUUAAAC